AUGUCGGGAAUGUUGGCGUCGAUCGAGCGCACGCUGUCGGCAUUGCAGGGGGGGGGAACGAUUUACGGGGGCGAUGUGUUCGCCGUGCUUCGACAAUCUCUAUACGCUGUUCGCGCGGCCCAAUUCGGACUCGUCGACGGUGCACUGGACUGCUCGUAUGCUUGCGAUCCUAGAAUGACCUUUACAGACCGACUCCUCCGUCUGACUCAGCGACAACACCUUGAGCCUUGUUGUGUUCUUCCCUUCGACAUGAAAAGCAGUACCGACGGACAGGCCGGCCUCCAAGCGUACACCACGACGCAGAAACAGAGGAACCGCGCUGCAUUCUUUGUCGGGAUAUGUGCGAGUGAUCCGACUUUCAUCGAGCUCUAUCCCAACUACUGCCAGGAUAGCGCUGUUCUACAACGGGAUGCAGCUUCGACACCGGACGCGAAGAUCAAGACCGUCGUUAAUACGACUCGCACCUGCAGACUUCCUCCGAGUACAUACGGCUGGCUUGACCCGUGUGCCUCACCGUAUCGAAUGCUAAUCUACAUGCUACCUCGCGCUGUCGAAGCGAUUAUCGCAUGCGUAAAUAGCUCGAGCACUGCACUCGAAGGACGCCGAACUCUGGACUGA